AAUUCAGAGGAAAAAACAAGACGAAAACACAAAAAUAAAAAAAAGUUGAGUGCCCUCGUUGUUCUCUAGAGCCUCCCAGAAAUUUCAUCUUUUGAAUUUAGGGUAAAAGAGUUCGUUCAGUUAACUGCUGAAUAACUUUGUACUGUGGAUUUCUUAGACUUCUUUUUUUGCAGAGUUUUGUCUUUAUUGGAAAAAAAAUCUGUUUUUUUUGGGGUAUUUGACUUUCAGGCGAAGUUUAUCGGUUUGAGAACGCUUAACCAGACAUAAAUUGUCUGUCAUAAACAUGACAGCUGAUCAAAACAUUGAAUUUGUGAUUAGUGGUGGAUAAGGAUCUUGGAGUUAUGUCUGACUUGUGCAUGUACGAGCUUGAAGAUAAUGUUUGGGAUGAAUUUGGCACUAGUGAUGAUCAUAUAGUGCCUCGAACUGUUGAUGAAUAUGGGGCUCAAUUCAAAGUUCAAGGUGGUGUACGAAAAAAACCACGACAUGAAGUGAUCGGAGUUACUAGUAAUGCUGAUAAUACAACUAAAUAUGGUAUUUUGGGGGAGAAACAAAAAGACUUACCUACUUUGAGCAAGAACAGAAUGUUAGAAAAGGGUCCGUGGUCUCCCAGUCCUGAUAGCAUGUUUCCCACUUCAGGUGAUAAUGACUCAUUCAAAGAAGUAACAAGCAUGGGUUCUGAUUAUCCAAGGAUAUCCAGCCAUGGUUUCAAAACUGGCAAUAUAGAUUCAGUUGGCAGUGAGUUCUGUGCUGAUGAUCCUGUCUUGGUUGACAAGUGUGCAAUGGAGGACAGUAAUAUUUAUCGUUUCCCACUAAAUCACAUAUCUGAAGCUGAUGAUGAUCUCAGCUUUUUUAAUAAUAACCAUGAGGACAAAGAAAACAGCGAUCUUCUAUAUUAUGGCUGGGGAGACAUUGGGAAUUUUGAGGAUGUUGACAGGAUUUUCAGAAGUUGUGAUUCAACAUUUGGCUUGGUGAGUCUCAUUAAUGAAGAUGAUUUGUGGUGGUUUUCAUCUUCACAAGUGACUGAAGGAUCUCAAAAUGCAUUGAAGACUGAUGCCAAACUGAAUAGUGUACCAGGAGAGUGUGCAACUUCUAGGUCAGAGAGUGCAGGUCCUUCAACUAUUGAUUCCAACAAGAAAAGUGUAUUUCUAAGUGACAAAAUAAGUUCCCUUAAUAUGAGCAGUGAUAAUUCUGGUCGUGCUCACAUGUUGUCUUUGCAUGUAUCCAAUAAAGAAUCUGAAAGUAAGGAUGACCUGACACCCAAUGAGCAGAUCACUCCACAAAAAAGGCACUCAAAGCAACUGAGAGCAUCAGGGGAAAGAAAAGAUCAACAUCUGGAAAAUGGUGGUUCUUUUAACCAAUAUGGUAACAUCAAGCAGUUAUGUACAGAUGUGAAGCACCCCUUUACUGAUUCAUCCUGUCAACUCUUUUCCACAUCAGGCCUUCAGCUGCAAAAGCAAAACAUUGGACCUGAUUCUGUGAGUUAUGUAAAGACAGAUAUUCCUUAUAUGCAUCUCAGCUACAGCAGUCAUUCAGAUCAAAUUUCAAUAUGUCCAACUCUUUCUGGUGCCAAAUCUGAAAAUAAUGGACAUCCUUCUUCAAAAAAUGAGUCAUCUUAUGCAUCAAAUCAGGUACAGUCUAUAGAGAGCUCUUGUGCUCCUUCAUUAGAAGCUCUUGCUAUUAUUUCGAAUGAGAAGGGGGGAAAGCUAUAUCACCAACAAGAGACGCUAGCUCCACUUAAUACAAAUGUCAAGCACGCAAAAAAGGAAAGUCAGAUGGCAUUUUGUGAUCCAUUUAUUGAUCAAAAGCAGGUCCGCCUGUCUGAACAGGAUGAAGAUCAUAGUGAAGUUGAAGGAGUUAGUGUAGGAUACCCAGCAGAAUUAGAUUCUUCAAAUGCACAGGAGAGCUGUUGUGUAAGUUCUGUUUUGGAUGAAGUCUCACAAGAAGCAACUAGUUUUCGGCAGCUUCAGCAUGUCAUGGAAAAGUUGGAUAUCAGGACAAAACUGUGCAUACGGGAUAGUCUAUAUCGAUUGGCUAGGAGCGCUGAACAAAGGCAUAAUGGCACAAACACAAAAGGUGGCAUUAGAGAUGAUAAAGAUGCAAGUGGUUCAUUGGUGGCCGAAGAAACAAACAGGUGCUCUGGUUUUAUGGAUGUGGAAACUGACACAAACCCUAUAGAUAGAUCCAUAGCACACUUACUAUUUCAUAGGCCUUCAGAUCCAUCUCUAAGGCCUAUUACCGAUAAUGCAUCUUUCAAGUCUAAUGGCAGGAUUCGUGGCUCUAUCACUAAUCCACCUGUGAUGUCCAAACAACACAGUUGCCGCGAAGAAACUAAUGCCGGUUCAGAUAAAAAAGUGCUGACAAAAUGUGACAGCAGGUAACUGGGAAUCUGUUAACAUCAGUGCAACCCUUGUAAAAUGUAAUCUAUUUUGUUGUAUGUAAAGUGUUUGUCUUGAGGCCUUAACAUAAGAUGCAGGUUGGUUCUGUGUUUUAGACUUUGGUUUGUUAGAUACACGAUGUUUUUGGUCUGUGUUGUUAUAAAUCCUUGUAAUGGUUUGUGGUAAGCUACUUGUUCGCUUAUCUAUCACUAGUACAUAAAAAAAUUUCUGUUUUCUUUUCUCAAAA